UGGAAGAUGGAGGAUCUCCUGCACACAGUUGUAUCUCACUGAUGAACAGCCAGUCAGUGUCUUGGUUGAAAUUGAAUGUGAUCACUAUAAUAUCAGGAUUCUGUGGUAGAGUGAAUGUAUUCCUGGUCAGUGUAUUGGUAGAGGAGGAGAAAGAGCAGUUCUGAGGGAUGAAAGUAUCCUCAACUAUUGGAUGCGUAUCAGUAGCAAUUCUAGUAGUCUCAGGUGGUCCUAUUUUUGCAGAGGGAAGACUCAAGAAGUGGACUUCAACGUAGGACACAGUAG